GUGUGGAGCGGAGUGUGUAGAAUCAAAACAGAGCGACCGACUGCMGCUUUUUCUGACAGCUCCGCUCGUGGCGCCGUGUUUUACUCUUGUUUCUGCGGACAGCGGACAUGUCGCGGAAAGCCAAAGAAGAAYAUCAUCGGUUCUUUACGGUGACCGAGCCGCGGAAACACGAGAAGGGACACACCGAAUACAAAGUGUCCGCUCGGUUCGUGUCCAAGCGUCACCCGGAGGAYGUGAAGGAGGUGGUGGUGUGGAAGAGGUUCACGGAGCUGAAGAAGCUCCACGGAGAGCUGGCCUACACGCACAGGAACCUGUUCAGAAGGCUGGAGGAGUUCCCACCUUUUCCGCGGGCGCAGGUUUUUGGGAGGUUCGAAGAAGCUGUGAUUGAGGAGAGGAGGAAGGCAGCGGAAAACAUGUUGCUGUUCACCACCACCAUACCUGCGCUGUACAACAGCCCGCAGCUCAAGGACUUCUUCAGGGGCGGUGAAGUCACAAGACCUCUGGAUCCCUCCCCCUUGGCCUCGGCCGGACCCCUGCCUCCCCCGCUCAUCCCCCUGCCCGAGCGGAGGGCCUCGGACUGCGAGCCCGCCGAAGAGGAGGAGGGCAGGGAGGCUCCCACUUUACCCCAAGACCUGGGCACCAACAUCAGCUUGGAGGUCGGGGAGCCAGAGGUGGCGGCUGAGGCCUACAGCGAGAUGGGAGGAUCUCCUCCAGAGGAGGAGGAUGUUAGCGAUGCAGAACUGGAUGAACAAGCUUUAGCCUCAUCGCCUGAACAAUCCCCAGUGAGACGCCACGAGUCCAAAGAGACCCAGGAGGAGUUUGAUUCUCUGUUUGACUCCAUAGCCGAGGAGCGAGUCCCGUCCCCAAAGGAAGAGGGACCCCCUCCACUAUCGGAGAUCGACUUGGCGGUUUUUGAUCCCUGCUUUAAACAAGACAGGUCGAAUUCCUCGACAGACCACUCGGAGCUGUUCUCGCUGCCGUUGGAGAGUCUGAACGGAGGCGAUGUGGAGUACCUGAACCAGGCGGCCAAGGAGCUGAAAGCUGCCAUGGAGAAGGAGACGGAGGAGGAGUUCAGUUCUGCCAUUUGUGGAUACAGGACGGCGGUGGAUUUACUGAUCACUGGAGUUCAGGGAGACUCAGAUCCGGUCCGUAAGGAGUCCGUGAUGAGAAAGACGGCUCAGUACCUGAAACACGUCGAGAUGCUGGUCGACAAACACGUCUCACCCGGUCACACCAACGCAGCUACACACACGCACACGCCAGACCUGUAAAUGCAAAAAUAAAAUAAAAAAUAAACGACUUGAGGAAGGAACUCAAAGACAAACUUCAGGUCCAACAGCACAAACAUCUUCAAACAGUUAUGUGUACAAAUCCCCACAGGUGACACCUCUGAGGUACACACUACUGCACACUGGUCCUUUGGUUAUUUUUGUUCAGUACUAAAGGCACACAACCCACAAAAUAUGAAGAAAUUAAAGUGAAUUAACAAAAAUACAUAAAUGAUUAUUUCUUCUCUUUAUCUUCCUUUUAUAAUGUGUUGAUUUUGAAUAAAUUAAUAUGUAUGUAUAUUGUCGAWUUGCAUUUUGCACAAUGUUUUGUUAAUAAAUAUGGUUUUAAUUUAAGUC